GGUACUCUGCCAGAUGGAAAACAAAUUGCUGUGAAGAGACUUUCAAGAAGCUCUGGACAAGGAUUAGUUGAGUUCAAGAAUGAAGUAGCACUUAUAGUCCAACUUCAACAUCGAAAUCUUGUAAAACUUCUAGGAUGCUGCGUUGAGGAGAAAAUGCUGAUUUAUGAAUAUUUGCCUAAUAAAAGCUUGGACUUCUUCAUUUUUGAUGAUAGAAGAAGAGGGCUAUUAGACUGGCCAAGGCGUUUUCACAUUAUUUGUGGAAUUGCUAGAGGACUUGUCUAUCUACAUCAAGAUUCAAGAUUGAGGAUCAUCCAUAGAGAUCUCAAAGCAAGCAACGUUUUACUUGACAGUAAAAUGAAUCCCAAAAUUUCAGAUUUUGGCAUGGCUAGAACAUUUGGAGAACACUCUGAGGGUAGCACAGAGAGAGUGGUUGGAACCUAUGGUUAUAUGGCACCAGAAUAUGCUUUUGAUGGGCAAUUCUCAGUCAAAUCUGAUGUUUUCAGCUUUGGUAUAUUGAUGCUAGAGAUAAUAAGUGGCAGGAAGAACAGGGGGCUUCACCAUCUCAACCAUAGCAACCUUAUUGGACAUGCUUGGAGAUUGUGGAAAGAAGGAA